CUAAACGAAAAAAAAUAUUAAACUAAAAUAAUAAAUAAUACUAGUGGUUUAGUGGUCUAUAACUUAUACUGAUAGUCGUAUAACAAGUUUAAAAGUUAUUUUGGCCACAAAAAAGACAAAAUUAAGAAAUGUAGAAAAAAGACGACCCAGUGUGUGUGUGGUGUUAGUGGUAGUAAAAAUGUCCAUAAAUUAAAGUCAUCAAACUGGAGGAAAUUCUAAAUAAAAAUAGCAAGUUAUUUUUAGUUAAAACGUAACCGUGUAAGAAACACUGGUGAUAUAAAAAACAGUGAAAAGUUUGGAUUUCUUCAGGAGUUUUCCUAUUUAUGUGUAACAUAAAAAAGGUAAAAGAAAAAAAAUGAAGCCUCUCUUCGUCGUAACAUGAAACGAAUAAUGACGUGUUUUGGUUGCUAGAGUUAGACUAUCUACAUGUGAUGUAAAAACGCGAAUAAGAUAUGUAAUAAUGUGUAUAGACAAAACCACAAACGAGUAAAACGACGUCUGAAAACAUAAGAAGGUGUUGAUAGGAAGGAGCUACUAUUUUGAAUUUUAAGUUGAUAAAAAAAGUUUUUUUCGUAAAUGUUAUUUCAUAGUCCAACUGCAGCUGGGAUCCGAAUGUGCCUAUGUAGCCUGGAUGUGUGAUUUAAUAUAAGUACAAGGACUAAUUUUCGAAGAAGAGGAAAAAAAUUGCAUGUGUAUUGUUUAUAAGUGUGCGUGAGUGUACUACAUACAUAUGUGUGUGCAACAACCGAGUCGAAUCAUUUAAGGCAUAUUUUUCAAUAAAUGGGAAGCGCAUGUUGUUGCAAAUGUAUCAUGCUACCAAUUUUCCACCGCAUCGAUAUUGAGCUGGAGCUUUUUGUUGUAGGCUUUUUGGCUGCCAAUUCGUUGAGUGUUCGAUAAAAUUGUUAAACAAUUACAUACACGAAAAAAAUAUUUAAUGGCAUUUGCUGUAUUACCGCACGAACUGACUGCUGUCGCGUCAAAGCCGCCACCGGGCUGCUGCUGCUUAACACAUUCGUUGUUACUUUUAUCGCUGUCGUCGUCCUCUGUUCACAAAGAUGAACAAUGAAAGUAUUAAGCCAAACACAAUUAGUGCAUUAUUAUCAACCACUUCUUCAAUCGCUAACUCUACCAUCGUCACCUCAACAGUAUCAUCAAUAUCUUUGUCGACGCAGUCUUCAUCUUCGUCAUUAUCGUCUCAGUCAGUCACAUCAGCAGCAGCAUCAUCAUACACAUCAUCAGCUUUGUCGUCGCAUCAAAACUUGGACGCGACUUUCAGCGCCAUCGCAGCAGUUGUCAAUGCAAGUAGUCACUUACCUGCUACUACGCCCCCUAAGGCUGCCGUUGUUGUCGCUGUUGCCGUCUCGUCAUUAGCGGCAGCAAUAAUACCUGAUACACCCAUUGUUUCUAUUGCCGGCUCAACUUUAAGUGAAAUAACAACAACUACAACAUCGACGAGAACUACACCCACACCGGUGCCCACUACCAAGGAGACAACAAUCGCAAACAAAAAUACUAAAAAUAAUAUCAACAGCAAGGAUAUCAUAAAAAAAUCGACGGAUUCAUUACCCUCACAAUCAUCUGCAUCAGCAUCUUCAAGUGCAUCAUCGUUUAAGGGUUUGAAUCCAAUGUCGGUUGUCAAUACAUCAACUGUUCAAGGCGCUGCAACCAACGCCACAGGCCCAACUGUAAAUUCCGUUGCAGUUGACAAUAAUCAAAGUCAACACCAACAAACCAAUAAUAUUCAAAACAGCGUUACAAAUUCUUCUAAAACAUCUUCCGCUGACGAUGCGCUGUUGUCUAAAUCUGAAACCACAGCAUCAUCUUCGUCUGCAGCUACAACCACUGACCCUUCAUCACCUUCUCAGACAGUUUGUAAUGCAAAUGCUGCUAGUAAAAUUGAUGAAAAUUCAAACAAUAAUGAAAAGAAAUCGAAAAAGGAUGUUUUGUCAGAAUCAGGGGAGGAAAGCCGUCUAAAAGAUUGGGACGAUAGUAAACUCAAAGAAUUAUUAGACGAAGCAUAUUCCUAUAAAAACCCUAGAGACAAAGAAAACAAAAGCAAAAUUUUCCUGCAAUUACUCAAAAAGGCAGAAAAUGAAGAUCAAUCCUAUCCAUUUUGUGCAAUAACAUCCCGUGGGUCGCGUAAUUUGUCUAGCUCAAUUACGUCCAACAGUUACCACCAUUAUCCAAAUUCACAUUAUCAUUCACAUAGCAAUAGUCACAAUCGUUCACAUCAUCAUAAGCAGGGUGGAUCUCUGCAGGAUCUCUUUGAAAUUGGUCUACACGAAUCGCAAUUAGAUUGUGAUCAGGUAUGUGGUAGCGGUAUUGGGGGUAAUCAACGUACCAAAAGACAAAAUCACAAUUCAAGACAAAAGAAAUACUCCUCAUCCGUAUCGUCGCGCCAACGUGAAGGUGGAAGUUUGCCAAGUAACGUUAAUGCAACACACCAAUUGAGUGGCAUUGGUGUUGGAAGUGUCGGCCAUGAGUUAGCAUUCAUGCUGCAAGAAGGCACCACAGCUAGUGGAAAAUCGUUAAAAAAGGAACAGAAACGCCAAACUGGAAAGCCGUCUGUAACAACUACAAUUGCAACAGCAGCCGCAGCCUCAACUCCCGAAACUAAAGAAGCUACAAAUAUCGUUGUGGGCGUUGGUGGAGGCGUUGCUUCAGGAUUUGUAGAUGCUUCCCCUCCUGUUGCUAAGGCCAGCGAGAAUACAACGUCUGUAAAUACGGGCGGCGGUUCUUUCCCUACGAGUGGAGGAGAUUUUAUUAUUGACAUGGGAGAGCCAAUGAUGGACAUACAACAACAGCAAAAAAUACUACAGAGUAAAGGACAAGAUUCUACGAAACAGGGACAGUCGUUUUACGAACGUUUGGCCACCACAGGUAAAGCGAUACCAAGAGUAAAUUUAAUAGGUUCAACAAAGGGCUCAUAUUUUCCUCCCACAUCUUCACACGGUUAUGUUGACGAAUCUAUACGUUUUAACACAUUAGAGCGCAAUGGUACCCAGAACACCAAUCCUAAUCCAUUACCUAAAAUGGAUGCUAUCUUUUUGCCCUUGGAUGAGAAUUAUAAGUCUUGCAAGUCUGUUUUAGGUAGUGGCGUUGGAGAUGCUGGCACCGAAAAAACAACAGAUAUUCUUGGCAAACCCAAAACUAAUUCGAUAUACACGAAAAUUUCAUCGCCUGCCUCGGGAUCUUCCCUAUUGGGGGGAUCGACUACAACAAAUAACAACAUUUCUACAUUAACACAACGUCAACUGGAUGAGAACGGUAAUGCGCUAAGUGAUUUAUAUGCGAAUUCAAGCACACUUGGUGGAGGAACUUUAGCUGCGACUUCAACAGUGGGUACUACAAUGCAGAUAAAUUGUGUGUCUCCUACUGCCUCCAACCCCGGCGGUGCUGGCACUGGCAUUCUGUUAACUUCAUGUGGCAACAGUGUUUCAACGUCCGCCACAGUAACCAUACCCCCACAUCCUACGUCAACAACAGUCUCAACGUCGGCUACGAUAACAACAUAUGCAACAGGACCUUCGCAGGCGAAGGCAAAGGCUAAAAAGAAAUCGCAACAGGAACGUAAUACCAAGACCGUUGAUGUAGAAUCGGUGGCGGGUUAUAGAGGGAAAGAUACCGUAGAAGAGUUGGUUAGAUACAUAGAAAGUGGUGGAGGUGCAUCAAAAACUGGUGAUAAAAAGAAAGAACGGAAAAAGGACAAAGAUAAACAUCAAAAACUUAAGAAAAGUAAUUCCCUGGAAGAACUACGAAGUGGUGCUAAAAUGGAAGUUCAUGAACUGAAGCGUACGGCUGCCACCACGGAAAGCAAUUCUGUUCUAAUGCGGCAGAAAAGUGGAAAUGCCAACAAUAGUGGCAGCAAACAAAACAAAAACAAUUCCUCUUCCACUGCUGACAUUAAUAAAAACCUUGAAAGCAAACCGAAUACAAAUACGAACACUCGUAAAAGCGACCGAAGAUCCUGGGGUAACGAAGACAUGAAAUACCUUGAUGAUCAACAAAAUGCAAAUGAUACGGCGAUGGUAAGUGAAGAGAAGGCAAGCAGCAUUAUUACAAAUUUGUCUGGUGCUACUGCGGCUGCAAAUGCAAACAAAGAACGCAAAAACAACAAAGGAAUUUCUUCAUUAAGCAAAGAUGAAAAGGAAAAUAAAGACAAAAUAUCUGAGCGCAAUGAUAAAAAUUUAAACAAUCCUAUUACAAACAAUAGCUCUGUCCAACAGAACGAAAACACGAAAAUGGAAAAACCAGAUAAAAAUGAUAAAAUUGAACCUAAAUCGGAGAAAACGGAAAGACGUAAAAGAUAUGAUACUCCACCCAAUGCUGUGACUAUAAUCGAUAUUGUGCCCAUGGAGUCGUCUUGUCCCGAAACUGCUGAAUUUCAUGUGGUAACCAAAAAGAAAAAAACUAAAAAACCAAAGGUUAUUAAUAAUUCCGAAGAAACUUCGGUCACAUUCAAUCGGACGCACAACUUUACAAUACAAAAGUCGUCUGGAACGCAACAGUCGUCAACACCACGCAAUAAGUACUACCAAUACGAUGGAAAUGGCAGUCAACAAUACCAACAGCAGUAUAGUAAUAAUACGGCUAGUGGUCUUGUCAUUACCAGUUCAGGUUCUUCAACGCAAGCUCAUCACCAUCAUCAAUAUCAACAAAGUACAGAGGCCUAUAAUAAUAGCGACAAAUCCAGACGUAAAUCAACUUCAUCCGUGCCACCAUCAGAGAAAUCUGACUCAAGUGAUCUCGACUCUGUUCAUUCAUUGCCAAUUGAAUCGACCAAAGCCAAUGCAGCUAAGGAAAGUUCUCAAAAGAAGAUGAAAAGUAAUAGCGGUGCGAAGUCAGGGAACGCCACAUUGGCGUCCAGCAAAAACGUACCAAUUUCUUAUGCAGAUAUUGCGAGAACGAAUAAAGAAAUUGCCGAUGCGGCGGCGGCAGCCAGUAGUAACUCAGCAACAACUAGUGCUGUGGAAAUUUCUCCGAAUUCUAUAGACCCCUCCAAAGCUAUGGAUAAUUGUAAUAUUAUUGAAAGUCUAUUGGAAGAUAAACCAAUCCCACCACCAACACAACAAGCAAACACAAUGAAGCUUCAUAAGGUUAAAAAAUCCCAAAUAAAACAAGAUUUUCCGGAGCUAGCUCCAACAAUUUCGUAUUCUCAAAGUUUAGCCACGUUGAAUGCAAAUACAGCCAGUACAACACAUUCAAGCCAUGCAGCAUGUGGGGGUGUCAGUGAUAAUACACCGCCAGCAUCGUCAAGUUGUCAGGCAAAUGUUAGCCAACACAAAACUUCGCCCUCUGAGCCGCAUCCUGCUCAGAUACAAAAUCCUCAAAUAUUACAGAAAUCAAAAAGUGUAGAAAAUGAUGCUACAACUUCUUCCAACGCCGCCCAUCCUGUGCUGUCAUUAUCUUCGUCGACGUCCUAUAUGACCCCUCUGAACAGUAACAACUUAGAUCAGCAAUAUCCUGCCUUAGAAAAAACGGUAAAACGCCACAGUUCAGCAAAUGUGGCUAUGAACUAUUCAACUGCCAACCACAUGCCAUUAUCGACAUCGUUUAACUUUGCGGCAGCUGCUAAACAACAAAUUUCCGAACCGAAUAUGAAUUGUAAUAAAAAUUUAGCCUUAACUACCUCAACCAAUAUUCAUACACAAAUGCCUACACAAAGUGUUAGCAGUGGUGUUGUGAUAUGCACCGCAACAUGCGUAAACGCUAAUAACACACCCAACACUAUCACUACCACCAAUAACAAUAGGAAAUCCAAAGAGAAAAGUCCACCCAUAAUCACUCAAAGCAGUAGUACCAUAGAUGGAACAAUUGUGAAAAAAUCCAAAAAAGAUCGGCAAUUGCAGCAGCAGCAAAUGGCCGAACUUGGUAUGACGACUUUGACGAACCAAACAAAGCCGAUUCAAACUGGCACAACUACCAGCACUGGCAAGAAAUUGUCAAGAACUCACUUGAAAUCAUCGAAUUCAUUACCACUCGCGGCUAAUGCAACACAGCAAACAAAUCCCCGCCCCGCUGUUAUAAUACUUAAUGACGAUAGGAAUUCAAGUGGUUGUACUGGUGACAAUCAAUUCACAUUUGGUGAUUUUAAUGAGGAUGAACUAAAGUUAUUCGAAGAUGAUGUUGUUGGCAGUACGAGUAAUAAUAGUUCCAUUGAUACCGAUAAAAUUUUUGAAAGUCAACACGAUGUGUCAUCUGAAAGUGAUGAUGCUCGCCACCAUUAUUCUCAUUCUCAUUCGCAAUCUCAUCCCCAUCAACAUAACCAGCAUCAUGAUACCUGCUGUGAUGGAACACCCAAAUCACCAGUUGCAACAUAUUUCAAUGAUUCGGGCGCUUCAUGUGAAAACGACAUGGCUAAUAAUUCUACACCAGAUAUACUGUUGAAUUCGAGCGUAGAUGCAUCCUCUCCCAACACAUCAUUUGUCAAUCACACCAAUAUUGGUGGAGCCAGUGGCGCUAUGUCUGCCACAGGUAGUAAUAACCAAUCCAGUGAUAGUGGCAUUUAUACAGACAAAACAAAGACAUCUUCGUCAUCAGCGUCGGCAUCGGGGUCAUCGUCGAACAGCACCAGCAGCACUAACUGUACUAGUAACUCGUCAAGGCAGAGGUUAAACAAACAACAAAUGUCUUCUCCCCACCUGUCAAAGGAUGACAAUGGUGGUGGGGGUGUGGAUAAUAAAUUAAAUACGUUCCUUUCAAAUACCAAAUGUACAAGUAGUGUUCAUACAUCAAUGGAUAAUUUGGACCCACCUCCACCGCCACAGCAGCUAGAGACUUGUAAUGAUAUUGAGACUGCUAUAAUCGCAGCAGCACGUGAGGCUGCUAAACAUCAGCAACAAAAUGUCAGCACCACCAUCACCACCACCAGUUCAGCUGCCACCACAAAGCAAUUUAAAAAUUCAAAUUCUUCUUCAAAUUCAAGUUCCUUUUCAUCAUCUUCAUCAGCAGCAACAGCACUACCAUAUAACAACAAUAAUAAUAACAAUAGAAAGUAUAAUGAAAAUCAUGGCAUUAGAGGUAACAGUACAAAUACCACGAGUUUGUAUCAUCAUCAACAGUAUGCAGUGAGUCAACAGACCCAAUGUGACGAUGUGAUUGUUGAUGACGAUGAUUCAUAUGUUAAUACCACACCACGUAGUCGUAGUCCUAGUCGUCCAAGACGCAUUUCCAUACAGUUUAUACCACCAACAAUGGCAACAGCGUUUAGUACACAACAGCAUAAUGAUAUAAUCAUCGAUUUCAUUGGUUCCGCUUGGGAAGAAAUUGCAAAUAGUAAAGUUACAAAGGUCUACGAUGGACAAUAAACACGUUGCGGCAUAAUUUCCAAAAUAGUACUUCAUAAUACCCCUUAAAACUAUGAACAAAUCAACAAAAACCGGAUGAAAUGAAUAAAUGCAAAAAUUGGCUUACUAAAGAAACACACACACUCAUACACACACACACACACUCUCUCUUUUCUUACGAAUUUUUUUUAUAAGAUUAGGCAACGCACAGACCACAUAUUGUCUGAAUUGGAUGAUGCACGACGGGCAGCAGAGCACAGGAACAAAAUAAGGAACGAGCAUAAAAAUACUAAAACAAAUGAAAAGAUAAAAAACAACAACCCAUAGCGUAUGUAUAAUUUAAAUUUAAUGUUAGAAUAAAAAAAAACAAAAAAACAGAAUUAAUAAAUUAAAAUACAAAAACCAUGAAAA